UGAGGAGAGUGCGCACGAGGCAAGAGGGAGAGCGCGGACCGGGUUCGUGGCGGUGAUCGUAUUUUAAUAAAAUAGAAAAAAAUAAAAAAAAAAAAAACAAAAUUUAAAUAAAAAAAAAAUUAAUUUUUUUCUCGUCUCUACCUCCGAGAGAUAUAAAAUAUCUAUAUAUACAUAUUUCUCAUGUUGUUACAUGCAUCAAAUUAUUGUCUUUCUAUUUGAUAAAUUUGUGCGUGUUUUUACAAUUAAAAAUUAAAUAAUAAUAAUAAUAGUAAUAUGAAAAUAAAUUUAUAAAUAAAUGGGAAAAUAAUGUAAAGGAUAAAAAAGGAUAACGAGGACAACAACGAUCACGGUUAUAUAUGAAUACGGUCAACGACAAUUAAAAAUUUCGAUAAAGAAAAAAAAAAAUAUAAAGAGUGUGUUUGUGUUAAUGUAAAAUAUAACUCCAAGUGAUUUUGUCAGUGUGUUUAAUUAUUGAUUUGUGAAUUUAAAUAAAAUUAAGUUUUAGAAUAAUAAGGAUCAAGAGAUUAAGACAAUUUUGGGGCAACGUUGAUAAGUGCCAAGUUAUUUUCUCGUCCCGGUGGAAAAAAUAUCUCGGGGGAGUGGGCGCUGGCGCGUGUGUGACCGGGUUAACCAAAAGGGUAGAAAUUUAUAAAAUAUAUAAAUAGACUACUUUAUUCUAUAUAAAAUAAUAUUUAUUAAUUGUGUUUCUUUUUUUUUUUUUUUUUUUUUUCUUUAGUUAUUUAAUUUGUUAUUAAGAUUUUAAUUGAUUCGAAACAAAAAUUUUGAAAUAGUGAAUAUUUUAAUUUGCUACAUUUAGAAUACGAAAAAAAAAACAAAAAAAAAUAUGUCUCGUUAAGCUAUUGUUAUUUGGAUAAUUAUUAAAUUUUUUUUUUAUUUUAUUUUUUUGAUGUAAAUUACAUGAUUUUUCAUCUGAGACCGGCGCAAAAGCAAGUUACGCCAACGGCGACGACGACGGCAGUCGAUGAAAGUGCAAAACGAUUACGACCAUAUAUACUUGGAAGUUUAACUAGCAACGCCUGGAUAUUGUAACAUAAAAUUGGGCAGUCGUCAUUUGGCAAAGUGAAGGAAAAAUAAUAAAUAAAAUUUACGAUUAUCAAUAAUCUUUAUGAAAGUUGUAUAAAAAAAUUUUGAAAACGCUACAAAUAACGGAUGCAAGCUGAAGAAUAUGCAUUAGCUAAAACUCCCGAUUGUCAGCUGGUGGAACUCUGACCUUUUGGAGCUCAAAGGAGUGCCUAAAUUGGGCAUUAAUUGAAGUUUAAAAAAAAUAAAAUAAAAUUCAUAUUGACUUGGUGCAAUUAGAAUUUAAAAAAAACGAAAGGAGAUGGCGACGAUAGAUGGGCGGCCUGCCCAAUAUGGCAUCACCUUAAAACAACUUCGAGAGCUUAUGGAACAUCGUGGUCGUGAAGGUGUUGGUAAAAUUCAGGGCUAUGGUGGUGUACAGGAAAUAUGUAAAAAAUUAUAUACCUCACCCAGUGAUGGCCUCAGUGGGUCAUCAGCGGAUAUGGAACACAGGCGUGAAACAUUUGGAUCAAAUUCAAUACCUCCAAAACCACCAAAAACAUUUGUACAAUUAGUGUGGGAAGCUAUACAAGAUGUUACUUUAAUCAUUCUUAUAAUUGCAGCUGUUGUUUCAUUAGGUCUUAGUCUUUAUAAACCUCCAGCAAGUGAACAUAAUGAAAGUGGUGCUCAUUUGGAUGAAGAUGAAACAAAAUAUGGCUGGAUUGAGGGUCUUGCUAUUUUAGUUUCUGUUAUUGUUGUUGUAUUAGUAACAGCAUUCAAUGAUUAUUCAAAAGAAAGACAAUUUCGUGGUCUUCAAAAUAGGAUAGAAGGAGAACAUAAAUUUUCAGUUAUUCGACAAGGAGAAGUUAAACAAAUAUCUGUAUCUGAUAUUGUUGUUGGUGAUAUUUGUCAGGUCAAAUAUGGUGACUUGUUGCCAGCAGAUGGUAUUCUCAUACAGAGUAACGAUCUCAAGGUUGAUGAAUCCAGUUUGACUGGUGAAUCAGAUCAUGUCAAAAAAGGAGAAGCUUUUGAUCCCAUGGUGUUAUCUGGUACUCAUGUGAUGGAAGGCUCUGGAAAAAUGUUAGUUGCUGCUGUUGGUGUUAAUUCACAAGCUGGUAUUAUUUUCACUUUAUUGGGUGCUGCUGUUGAUCAACAAGAACAGGAAAUUAAAAAAAUGAAAAAAGAGGCUAAAAAGCAGAGGAAGAAGAAAUCUCUAUCAGGUGAAGAAGCUGGUGAAAUAACAAGCAACAGUCAUGGAGGAAGUGGUGUACAACAUGAAUUUACGGAUAAUCAUCGUGGACAAUCUGAAGGUGGUGGUGGUGGUGGUGGACAUAGUGAUGAAAAAAAAGAAAAAAGUGUAUUACAAGCAAAAUUAACAAAACUUGCAAUACAAAUUGGCUAUGCUGGUUCAAUGAUAGCAUUUUUAACAGUUAUUGUUUUAAUUGUACAUUUUGUUAUAAAAACAUUUGUAUUGGAAAAAAAACAAUUCGAUCCAGUUUAUGUCAAUGAUUUUGUUAAGUUCUUCAUUAUUGGUGUAACAGUGCUUGUUGUUGCUGUACCAGAAGGUCUUCCUCUAGCUGUUACUCUGUCACUUGCUUAUUCAGUCAAGAAAAUGAUGAAAGAUAACAAUUUAGUACGACAUUUGGAUGCUUGUGAAACAAUGGGUAAUGCAACAGCAAUUUGUUCUGAUAAAACAGGCACAUUAACAACAAAUCGUAUGACUGUUGUACAAACAUAUUUAUGUGAAAAAUUAAGUAAAACAGUACCACCAUUCUCUGAUGUACCAAAUAAUAUUGGAAACUUAUUAAUUCAGGCAAUAUCUGUUAAUUCAUCAUAUACAUCGAGAAUAAUGCCAGGACAAGAUCCAUCUGAAUUACCAAUGCAAGUUGGUAAUAAAACUGAAUGUGCCUUACUUGGACUUGUAUUGGCAUUUGGCCAAAAUUAUCAAACAAUAAGAGAUGAUAUACCUGAAGAAACAUUUACACGUGUUUAUACAUUUAACAGUGUACGUAAAAGUAUGUCAACAGUUAUACCAAAACAAGGUGGUGGUUAUAGAUUAUUUACAAAAGGUGCAUCUGAAAUAAUAAUGAAAAGAUGUGCAUUUAUUUAUGGACGUGAUGGACAUUUGGAAAAAUUUACACGUGAUAUGCAAGAUCGUUUAGUUAAAAAUGUUAUUGAACCAAUGGCAUGUGAUGGUUUACGUACAAUAUCAAUAGCAUAUCGUGAUUUUGUACCAGGUAAAGCUGAAAUAAAUCAAGUACAUUGUGAUGGUGAACCAAAUUGGGAUGAUGAAGAAAAUAUUGUUGCUAAUUUAACAUGUCUUGGUAUUGUUGGUAUUGAAGAUCCAGUUAGACCAGAAGUACCAGAUGCAAUACGUAAAUGUCAAAAAGCUGGUAUAACAGUACGUAUGGUUACUGGUGAUAAUAUUAAUACAGCACGUUCAAUUGCUGUUAAAUGUGGUAUAUUAAAACCAAAUGAUGAAUUUCUUAUUCUUGAGGGUAAAGAAUUUAAUAGACGUGUUAGAGAUGCUAAUGGUGAAGUACAACAACAUUUACUUGAUAAAGUAUGGCCAAAAUUACGUGUACUUGCACGUUCAUCACCAACAGAUAAAUAUACACUUGUUAAAGGUAUGAUUGAUAGUAAUGUAACAGCAAGUCGUGAAGUUGUUGCUGUUACUGGUGAUGGUACAAAUGAUGGUCCAGCAUUAAAAAAGGCUGAUGUUGGUUUUGCAAUGGGUAUUGCUGGUACUGAUGUUGCAAAAGAAGCUUCCGAUAUAAUAUUAACUGAUGAUAAUUUUUCAUCAAUUGUCAAGGCUGUUAUGUGGGGAAGAAAUGUUUAUGAUAGUAUUGCCAAAUUUUUACAAUUUCAAUUGACAGUUAAUGUUGUUGCUGUUAUUGUUGCAUUUUUUGGUGCAUGUAUUAUACAAGAUUCACCAUUAAAAGCUGUACAAAUGUUGUGGGUUAAUUUAAUUAUGGAUACAUUAGCAUCACUUGCAUUAGCAACUGAAUUACCAACACCUGAUUUAUUAUUACGUAAACCACAUGGACGUACGAAACCACUUAUAUCAAGGACAAUGAUGAAAAAUAUACUUGGUCAAGCAGUAUAUCAAUUGACUGUUAUUUUUGGUCUUCUUUUUGUUGGUGACAAAUUUCUUGAUAUCCCAACUGGUGUUAAAUCAACAUCAAAAAUACCAAAUCAACAUUUUACAAUAAUAUUCAAUACAUUCGUUAUGAUGACUAUGUUUAACGAAUUGAAUGCCCGUAAAAUUCAUGGUCAACGUAAUGUCUUCCAGGGAGUAUUCACAAAUCCUAUCUUCUAUACAAUUUGGAUUGGAACAUGCUUAUCACAAGUUGUCAUCAUUCAAUUUGGUGGAAUGGCAUUCAGCACAGCACCAUUGAGUGUAGAACAAUGGUUAUGGUGUAUCUUCUUUGGAGUUGGUACAUUGCUGUGGGGACAAAUUGUUACAACUUUUCCAACGAGAAGUAUUCCCAAAAUACUUUCAUGGGGUCGCGGCCAGCCGGAUGAUAUCGGUGCUAUCAAUCUAGGAGACGAGAAAUUCGACCCAGACUCGGAUAAAAAGCCGCGCGCAGGACAAAUUCUAUGGAUCCGUGGUCUGACACGGCUACAGACUCAGACGAGCAAUAGAUCUUUGGUGCAGAAUGUAUCGGUGACAAGCAGAUCCCCCUCUCAGGAUUACUAUAUGAUCCGUGUAGUGAACGCAUUUCGGCAGGGCCUAGACUCACGUUAUGGCGAACAAAGCACCUUGGCAUUUGCAGAGGUACUCCGAAAGCAAUCAUCACUUAGUAAACGACAUUCACAAACAAGCAGCAUUGAUUACGCGGACAACUUGCCAGAUGAUUUAACUGUUCCUGAAAUUGAUGUUGAAAGACUUUCUAGUCAUAGUCACACAGAGACUGCAGUCUAAUGUUAUUUAUCAGUCAACUCAUAUUACGAGUUUAUUUCAGCAACAACCAACAACAACAACAUCAUUAACAAUAACAACAACAGCGUACAAAUAAAAUUAAUUAAAAAAAUAUAUUAAUAAUAAUGAAUCAACAACUCAAUCAAGAGUUAUUAAACUAUUAGUGAACAACAUUGACACAACGAUUGCAACACAAAUAAUCAUCGUCAUCAUUAUCAACCUCAUCAUCAUCAUCAUCAUCAUCUUCAUAAUUUGUGUUUUGCUUAUAAUGUGAAAAAAUUAAAAAAAAAUUAUUAAUUAAUAUAAUUAUAAUAUUAAUAAUAUAUAAAAUUAAAGUGCAGUUGUUUUAUGCCAGAUGCAAUGCUGUUUGUUCUUAUAUUGUGCGCGGAAACUUUAUUUAAUAUAAAAUUUAAAAAAAAAUAAAAAAAAGAAAAAUAAUAAAUAUAUAAAUUAAAUAAAUUAUAUAUUAUAUAUAAAUAUAGAUAUAAUGUUAACGGAUAAUUAUGCAAAAAAAAAUUCUCAACGGGUGUGCGGAAAAUUGCGGAUGAUAAAUAAUUUUUUUUUGUGCGGUGGUCCUUUGAUUAAUAAUUAAAAAAUUAAAACCAAAGAAUAAAAAUUUUAAAAAGUUACAAAAAUAUAAAUAUUAUUAUUAGCUCUGUAUCUGUCUCUCAUUUUUUUUUCUCUCGUGAAGGAAAUAUGAACAAAUGAUUAAGGAUAGAUAAAAUUUAAAAAAAAAUAAAUUUGAUUAAUAAUAAUGGGUAUGUACAGAAUGAUAUAUAUUUGUUGGAUGAGAAAAGGGAAAGGGAGGCGGAAGAGGCCCACCGGAUCAAUUUGAAAAUAUAAAAAAAAAAAAAUUACGAAUCAAUCGUACAUUAACACAUCAACACUCGCGUUUUUAUAAAAAUAAAUUUUUUAAACAAUGUGUGAUUCGUUUUUUUUUUUUUUAACACACACCUGAAGAUCGUUUCUCAAAUUCCGAAAAAAAAAACAAAUAAUUAUUAUUAAAUAAUAAUAAAUUAAUUAAUUUAAAAAAAAAAAAAAAACGCACCACUGCCUUCCCAAUUUUGCCAUAUUGUUGUCAUGAUUUUUAUUUUAUUUUAUAUAUUUUAAAAUAUUGUUAAACGUAAAUUUAUAUGAAAAGAAAAAAAACACAAAAAAAAAAAACUCCUCCAAAUUUCAUAAUUAUACUAGUCGGAUAUAUUUUAAUUUAUCAAUAUUAAUUGUCAUUAUUAUUAUUGUUUUUUUAUUAAUAAAUUAACUUGGUAUAUUUUCUUUGUUUCAAAAUUUUCACAGCUCAUUGUUUUCUUUUUUUUUUCAUUUCAAACACAAUGUUGUUUAUAUCGUUAAUUUAUUCGAUAGUUUAUGACUCGUUAGAUAUUAAAAGCACGCGAUUUUAUAUACUCGAAAUGAAAAAAAAAAAUGAUAAAUUAAAUAUAUUUACAUCGCGAAAUCUUGUUAAUUAAAAAUUCAGUAAUUUGCCAUACAUCUCGGCGUGUCUCCUUCCGCCAAAUAAUCUCUUUCUCUUUCACUCUCUCGCUAUUGAUCUACACAUUAUUAUAAAAAACAUAUAUAUAUAUCUUUCAAUCGCUUCUUAUAUCUUUCCCUCGAUUCUCGUUUGUUAAACUAAAAAAAAUUCAAAAGAGUAUAAUGAAAUAAAUUGGAAAAAUAAAAAUUAUAUCCACCUGCCUAUAUAUAUCGUCGCGAGAUCGAAGCUACACCGUUACGUGACUUAAGGAAUAUCUAGUCAUUUAGUUUGUAUCAAAUGUACUUCCGCGAAUAACUUUGCACUGGGGGUGCCUUACCGCGAAUGAAAAAAUAAAUAAAUAAAUUGUCUCUAUAAUUAAACAUAGAUAAAACAAAAUGAAAGAAAUAAAAAAUUAAUAUAUUCCGUCAUUAGUGGGGAAGGGGCGGGGGGAAUAAUUAAUAAAACAAUGACGAAAUAAAAUGAACUUUAAACAAAAUAAUAAAAAAAUAAUAAUAAUAAAUAAAAUACCAAAAAAAAAAAAAAGGAAAAAACAUUUAAUUAUAACGGCGUGUCUACUCGUUAAUUGUAUUGUAAUACAUUCAGUAAAUAAAUGAAAUUUAAAAAAAAUUAUAAUUAUAAAUAUAAUAAUGAUGAAAAAAUGAUUUAUUCGCCGCCGGACCGCUGUUAAUAUUACGCUUAGGAUAAUAUAAAUCCAAAAAUAUUGUACAAGUCCAAGCGUCACGGCGACGUUAUAAUUCGUAUGAUUGGUGAUUUAAAUAUUAAUUCAUUUAUUAUAAUAGAAUUGUGUCCGAGUAACUCUAGUGUGAACAACAAAAAAAAUAUAUAUAUUAAAAAAUUGCAAGUAAAAUAAAUAAUAACAAUUCAUAUUAUUAUUAAUUUAAAAUUACUCAUACACAAACAAAAAAAAAUCACGUGUAUAUACUUGCGAUUAAAAUAUAUGAAAAAAAAAUAAAAAAUGUAAACGAGAAGUUUAAACAUCUACACAUACAUAUUAUUACACAUUAUUACACGAGGUAUCUAGAAUUUAAGAACAAUCUGAUGUGAAAUAAUAAAUAAUAAUAAAAUAAAUAAACAAAAAUUUAAAAAAAAAAACAUGAUCGAAAAUUGUUAAAUGAACGUAAUUAUGAAUUUAAAUAUGGUACUGGAUACCUUGGAUUAUAAGCGAGUGUGUGAAAGACAAAAGUAGAAAAAAUAAUAAUAAUAAUUUAUAAUAAUAAUAGUUAUAAUAAUAAUAAUUUUAAAAAUAUUAUAAAACCGCGUGCUAAGCGCGCGGAUGCGGCGAGGGUGCGAGGAGUAAGUAGUUAUAUUGAUCCCACUCGAGAUUUAAAAAAAAAAAAAAAAACAUUUUGUUAUUAUUCAAAUAAUAAACAAUACUAAAUAGUAAUAUUAAUAAUAAUAAUAUAAUAAAUAGAAUCAAAUUAAAUCAUUGAAUAACAUACAAGACAACAUUGCUUGGUGUCAAAGACACUCAGUCAUUAUAUAUACUUUACAAUAUUAAAUAUCUAAAUUAAAUAAAAAUAAUUCAUGGGAUUAUAUAAAUAUAUAAAUAAAUAAUAUAAAUAAAUUUUAAAAUUCAGAUCACGCAUUUGUCAUGUGUCACUAAGUUUUUAGUAAAAAAUAAAAGUAAUAAAAAUUGUCGCGUCCUCGUUGCGCCUCGCUAUCUUGUUAUACGACUUUAGUCGAAUUAGUUUCUCGUGUGAAACUCUUAAAAAAAAAAAAAUAAUAAUAAAUUAAAUGAUAUUAAGAUAAAUGAUAAUUUAAGAAGAAAAAAAAUUAUGAAAAUUAAUUUAAUGAUAAAUAUUAUAAAAAUUAAAAAAGAGAAAAAAAUAAUAAAUAUUUAAAAAAAAAAAUUUAAAAAAAAAAAACAAAAACAUUAGAUAUUUUAACUUUUAACGAUGGCCAUUUAAAAUAGUGGAAUUUAAUCGUGUGAAAUUUAAAUUGGAAAAAUAUAAAAAUUAGAUUAACAAAAAAAUAAAUAAAAUGAAUUUUUAAAAAUUAUUAUAAAUUUGUGGAGUAAAUCUGCAUCAAAAUAAAUGAUUAUAAAAAAAAAAAUUUAUCCGGUUAUAAAUAUUUAAAACUUCCUUAUUUUCUGAGGGGGUAACUACUUAAACUGCCGGGAUGAUAUGCAUGCGAUUAAUUAAAUAAUUUAUAUAGUUAUAUGAAAAAUAAAAAAAUUGUAACUAAAAAAAAAAAAAAAA